AUUAGUAUAGACAUUGAGAAGGUAAAAAGUAGUAAAAAAACAUAAACUGAGAGACAGUGAUAGGAGAGAGAGAGAGGGUUUUACUGAUUCUUUAAUUUAUCGCUACUCUCUUCUCCGGCCCCGUUUCCAUUAUCAGAUGGCUGAGCUUUCAAGUAUUUCCUAGUUGGAAUUUGAAAGAACCAGUCUUGAGGAGCCAUUAAAGAGGGGUUUUACUGUUCAGGAGAGGAGGGGAGGAAAAAGAGGUUGAGUAACCAACAUGGUGGUCUCCAGUUCAAAUCCUCACAGUAAGGAGAUAUCCAUUAGAAAGAGGAUUGCUAGCAUAUUUAAUAAACGAGAAGAUGAUUUUCCGUCACUGAAAGAGUACAAUGACUAUUUGGAGGAAGUGGAGGACAUGACAUUUAAUUUGCUUGAAGGUAUAGACGUUGCUGCUAUUGAAGAGAAAAUUGCACAGUACCAGGAAGAAAAUGCUGAGCAAAUAAUGAUUAAUCGAGCACGGAAGGCUGAAGAAUUAGCUGCAGCUAUGGCUGCAAGCAAGGGUCCGGUUACACAAUCUGAAAAUGAUGGGGGUCCAAGCCAAACCUCUCAAACAGGACUCGGUACACAAGGCCAAUAUGCUCCAACUGUUGCAGGUGGACAACCACGGCCAACUGGCAUGGCCCCACAACCGCUGCCGCUCGGAAUGGGCACUGACAUCCACGGUUAUGCCAUUGACGACGAGGAGAUGUUGAAGCUGCGAGCGGAGAGAGGUGGAAGGGCUGGAGGGUGGAGUUUAGAACUGAGCAGGAAGAGGGCACUUGAAGAAGCUUUCACCAGCAUUUGGAUAUGUUAACUAAAUUAUGAUUUCUUAUAUAUGAGAUAUCCCAUCUCAUCAGCUUUGGCAUUAGUGAGGAAUGUAGAAAUAUUUAACUAAAUUUAUGAUCUCUUUGACAAACUAGUGUGAAGAUAAUUUGCGUUCAUGUAUAAUGAGAGAUUAUUUAUUAUGGAUUUUCAUCUACA